CAAAUUAAAUUACCAGCCAUGUUAAGCAGGCAGUACAACUCAUCUCCAUCUCUAUUAAACCAACAUUACAUAACAUUCCACUCAAAAUCAAUCCAUCAUACAGACAAUCAAAACGCAGCGUUUUAGUAUAACAUAGAUGGAUCACAACAUGCCCGGCAUGGACCAUGGUGAUGGGGGUCAUGCCAUGACCUUCUUUUGGGGCAAAAAUUCCGAGGUACUCUUCUCGGGGUGGCCUGGGCCCCACACGGGGAUGUACGUGCUGGCCCUCUUCUUGGUAUUCACGCUUGCUUUUAUCGUUGAGCUACUUUCUAGUUAUCUGGAAAUAGCUCAUGAGAAAGCAAGUUGUGGCCUCGUCUCGACCCUCGUGCACGGUCUGAGGGUCGGGUUGGCUUACCUUGUUAUGCUGGCAUUAAUGUCGUUCAACGCUGGGGUUUUCAUCGUCGCUGUAGCCGGGCAUAGUUUAGGGUUCUUUGUGUUCGGGAGUAGGGUUUUCAAGAGAUUUUUUGGCCACUCGGAGAGUCUCGGAUACGGAUGGUUAUGACAAUCGGAUCGGUUGCUGGCAUGGCCAUCUCUAUACAAUGAAGGUUCUUUUUUUAAAGAUGAAUUAUGUAUUGUGUGUGAAAUUAAGAAUGUUUUCUGUAAAUUCUUCUUAUUGAUUUGAAUCCAUAUUGGAUGAUAUGAUAAA